CGGGGCCUUGGGCUGCCUAUGUAAAGGACCGGGCGAGGCCACGUGACUCUUUUCCACUUAGCCUCCGCCAUGGAUACCAGCCGCGUGCAGCCCAUCAAGCUCGCCCGUGUGACCAAAGUGCUGGGCCGAACUGGCUCGCAGGGCCAGUGCACCCAGGUCCGGGUGGAAUUCAUGGAUGACACCAGCCGCUCCAUCAUCCGCAAUGUGAAAGGCCCAGUUCGAGAAGGAGAUGUCUUGACGCUGCUGGAGUCUGAGCGUGAGGCACGCCGGUUGCGCUAAUCCACCCCCAUGACGUAGUCUGAUGGGAUAAAAAUCCUUCAGGAUGUGACCUGUGAUACUACAGAGACGAGACAUUGGAUGCCAUUGAAAUAAAGUUUUCUGUGUUUUCCCCCUUGGA